AAAUACCUAUGCGAGAGUCCGUCCGUUCGCGACUAUAGGUUGCCGUGUGCCGUGCCGUGACCCCCUUCGUGCCCCGUAAUCCCCUGCCGUUCCUAAAGUCUCACAAGGUAGCGGAGCAGUUCUACUGUACUGUCGGCCAAACUCUUCAGUGUACUUGGACACCGCGUUCAGGUUAACGAGUAAAAGUUAAAAGGCUCUGUCGCUCGUUCUGAUUUUUCAUUAAAACAAUUUUUAAAGUGACCAAACGGCUCAAUCUGAGCAGAGUUUCGUCAUCGGUAAAUACCCGAACGCGCGUGAAUUCGUGUUUUCCAAUGUGAUGCGCGAUAAGUUUGCGACGUUGCCACGCAGACUUUUGAAAAUACGGCCGUGACAACAAUAACCACGACAAGAAACAAUCGCACGCGAGAAAAUCGAAUGUCGAUUUGUAAAUAAUAGCGAAACGGGAAACGGUUAUUGAUCGCGGGGUGUUCGCUUUCCAUGGCUUUUCGUAACAGAAAUAGGACUCUGUGCGAGAUGUUGAUGAUGAUGUGCUUGUGAUUGUUUUGCUGGUGCAGGUGAAAGGUGUGUUUGCACAGUGUCGUGGGUGUAGUGGAAAAUGAACGUGGUGAUGGGAUAUUAUGGCGAUUAACAGGCCGUUGUACUCCGUAUGCGUGGCAAUUUUGGGAUUCGUUUGUUUUGUUAUUGGUGCCACAGCGGUCGGACUUCCAGUCUGGGGUUACUUUGAUGACAGUCCCAGCGACAGGACUUACGGCGGUCCAGGAUCUGAGCAAGGAUAUUUCGGUCCUUGGAGAAAGUGCAAACUUCUCUUGUAUAAUCGGGAACGUUGCGGGGAAGAUGCGUCUCGGUUUAGGACUUCAUGGGCUGUGUGGAUAUCCGGCGUGGUGGCUUGUUUUGGCGUUGCAAUCUUGGGCGUGUAUUGUUUUCUCAGCGUCUUGCAGCUAGCGAUGAUUAAUUCAAAGGAAAAGGUAGUGAUGAAAUACAGUGCCUUAGUCAUGGUGAAGACGGCCCUGAGUCUUCUUGCAGCACUACUGGCAAUAGUUGCUGCUGCCUUGUUCGCUUUACAAGUCGAUAAUUCCGAAAAUAAUGGAUUUCAAGUUACAAGAGGUCCCGCGUUUUACAUUCAGAUCCUAUUAAUCAUUCUUACUGCCCUGUUGUUUGUGGCGUCGUUGUAUGAUACGUUCUUCUCUAGAAAGGAAGGCGGUGAUCCAACGAAGGCAGUUACUGUUCCAACUGAAGCAACAACGUAUGGAAAUCCUGGAUUUCGGGAGAGAGCAGUUUCAGGUGGGAUAUCAAUGACGGACGCUAGUGGUAAGCCAUAUCCAACCAAUGGCAGUACUGUUUCCAUGAAUACGGCCAUGACCAGCAUUUCGUCAAUUGGUUCGAACGGGUCAACGGUAGGUUCGUCUGUUACAAGGUCGCCGUUAAGGUCGAGUUUGAAAAAACCUAAACCUAAAGACGGUCUCGGUAUUCAAAAUCCGGGCUUCUCAGGCUCGUCACCGACGUUUAAUCGAAAUGGAAGUGUUAAAAAAGUGAGAAUACAGACUCACAGCACCGAAGUCUAGUACAAAGAUUCAAAAUCGAGUCGAAACGAACUAUUUAGUUGUUUGAUCAACUUGUUGUUUAUAAAGAAAAAUCUAUCUAAGUAUAUAAAUUUUAUUUGUUGAUAUUUUAUUGGUUUUCGGUGAAUACGACAAUUACUUCUAUAUAAAAGCAGAAUUGAAAUAUUUUUAACAUUUCGACCAAAGUGAUUAUAAGGUAAUUCGGUAAUAGUAAAUUUUUUUGGUGUGAGAGUUUACAAUUCAAAGAAAUAAAUUUUUGAAAUACAGUUGUAAUAUUUACAAAAUGAUACUCUAUGCGCCAUUUCAUGCUGAUUCUGUCACAUAGAGCGUGACUUGUCUGGCGCUCCGAAUCAUACGUCACAUAAAGAAUAAAGGUAGGUGCACAAACACCGGAACCGGACGGACUGAACGACACGGAUAAAAAAAUUAAAUAUAUACAAUCAUAUGGUGUAACGUACAGUCUUUCGUACGAAAACGAUCGGCAUCUAUAAAAUCCGCGGCAACUCCGAGAAUCACAAUUAAAAUCCGCAGCAAUUUCGAGAAUCACAAUUAAAAUCCGCGGCAACUCCGAGAAUCAUAAUUAAAAUCCGCGGCAACUCCGAAAAUCAUAAUUAAAAUCCGCCCGCCAUCCAUGUCGAUGAAUAUACGAAAUAUAUAUAUAGGAAUUAUUCCUAUGGGUUUCGCACGUAUUACCUGUAUGUAAUCCAACACCGUCUUUAACAGGAAGGCUGUUCUAUACUUAUAUUCCUGCUAUUUUUGUAUCUGUUCCCUUAGUCGUUCUCGAUCGCAUAUAAUUAGGGAUUCCACCAUUUCUUAGAUUUUUAUGUAUCUUUAAAAAAUAUGGUAUUUUCAGGGAAUUAAAAAAUGCACAAUAAUUUUUAGAUUUUAUUUAUUCUUCAAACUAGAUCUGUAACUUUUUGUGCCUUAUCUACUAAUCGACUACUUUUAAAUAUCGGUUGUCUUAUUUUAUAGACGAUUGACACUAAAAAUAAGCUAAAUUCCGCUAGGAUUCCGACGUACGUAUGUACGCUGACGUGAAAUAAAAUUGAGAUAAUGGCGCUGUACCCGCUGCGUACCGUCCGUCCGAUUCCAAUGUACGUGUGUGCGAAGCCUUACGGUGAUGAUAAAUUCAAAAAUUGUCAACUCAAUUGCGAACUGCCUUUGUUAUUCUUCGGUUUAUGCAAUGACAUUAUUAAGCAUUUGAUCCUGAAUUAAUCUCGUUAGUACCUUUUAAUAAAUAUUUCCGAAUGUGGUGGUGACUUACGAAGUUAUAAAAUGACAACUUCAUAAUCAAAUACUUGACGUUAUGCGCCAAACUUCUUAUCUUCUUAUAUUUUAUAAAUCUAGCAAAAAGGUUGAUAAAAAAAUUAAUCUUCUUUUACUCAUAUAAUUUAGCUACAAUUUUUAUUUAUUCAAUUUAGAACAUUAUCUCGAAGCAUAUUUUCACAUUACGGAGUGUUUCCGAAACUCUGAUUAGUGUUUAUUACCUAAAAGAAAAAGAACGGUUAGUAUUUAUAGAAAAUGUAAUUGGUGUAUAUGGUUUUUUAAACGAGAUUAAAAUUUUAUAUUAAUUGUUGACAUUAAAAAGUUUUGGAGUAUAUUUUAUUGAUGAACGUCGUGAGAAAGUCGAUCGAGUUUUCGUAUAUUCGACGUUUAAUAGUUGGAGUUACUUAAGAAUAUUCAGAAAAAGCCUAGGAAGUUAGAGAACUGGGUACGAGAUCAUGCGUUCGUUGUAAUCAGUGUUUUCUAUAGCCGAGUGCGUCUGUAAUUUAAUUCUGUAUGCUUCUUCCAUCUGAGGAAGUCUUUAUUUGACAAAACUAUUACCACAAUUCUUUCUUAUUUAUUAUUGAAUGUGAGUAAGCUUUGAAACUGUUGUGGACCUUUCAAACGUCAAAAUAAUGAGACAGCAAACCGUUUUGGCAUUUCACAGGUACAUUUUCCAUCUCCCGGUUCAAAAUUUUUAACAUGCACUGACCAUCUUGACCGGUCACCGGACAUCUCAUUCCACCAUUAAAUCUUCAAAAUUCUAGUGUAAUGAUUGUCACUUUUGAACGACCACGCAAUAAGCAAGUAAAAGAAUGCGAGGGUCGCAUAAUAUUGACCGCAGUUGAUAAUAAAAACGAAAAUGGCUAUAUCCUGACGAAAAUGGCCAUCAAAUGGCUAAAAACUGUGCAAAAUUGCGUGUCGUCUAACACAAAAGUAUCCGAAACUGACCAACAAGAAGACGAACAUUGUACAAAUAAACAAGAAGAAUUAUCGAAAGAAGAUGUUUGUGAUGCUGAAAAUCAUUGUAAACGUAUGAAAGAGAAAAUCAACUAUGAAGUUCGACGGAAACGAUUCUUAAGAGACAUAUACGGAAGUUUAUAGAAAAUCGAAUUUGAAUAAGCAACGUGGUGCUAGAGCUAGAUUAGUAGUACUGUCAUUCUAACGUCUUAUAUUUUAUGCUAUAGUUUAUUGGAAGUUUAGUUGAGUAAUAAUAAAGUAUCCUUUCGAUGAUUUUCUUAAAAAGGAAGUUAGUUUUUCGGUAAUUAAAAUUAUUUUUUAUUGUCUAAACUGUAGUAAAUACUUAUACGAAAUACAGAGGGUGAUCGUUUGAAUAUAUUGACGACUUUAAGGUCAAAUAACUCACUGAUUUCUUAUCACAUCUCACAACAUGUGGUAUCAAGUCGAUCAAAACAGUACUCUCUUUGAUGUGUAACUGCCAUUAUCUCAACAUUUAAUUAAUUGCCAAUUACACAUCAAAGAGAAUAUUGAUUUUAUCGAUUUGGUAUCAUACGAGUACAAAUCAUUGAGUUGUUCGAAUUUGAAAUCACCCACUUAUCCUGUCUAUCUUCUUAUGUAAAUAAUUUUUUUUUUGAAAGAUGGUUUGUGAUAAAAAUACUUACCUAGAAUUCGGUGCUCGCUUUUUUGAGAAAAAUUUUCAUUCUCUAAAUAAAGAAAAGUAUGACACAUAUUGAGAAACGGCCAGUAAUGCAGUAACUUAAAAAAAAAUAGUUAAAAGUCACGUGACUACAAACGAAAUUGUUAUUAAUUUUCAAUCUCGUCCCAAGAUAGUCUUCAACCAGUAGCAAAUAGUUAUAGCUAAUACAUGAAUUGGCAGAAGAGGCAUCUCGUUUUUCGUAUUUUUUUCAAUGUGGGUAAAUACAGUUUGUAUCAUUUGGUAGUUUGUUAUUAUGAUUUCACACUUUUAUUUUUGGAAGUGAAUUUUUCUCAAGUAUAUGUGAUAGUGGAUAGGAUAGCGCUAUUAAACUAGCGAGUGCUAAUAUAGAGAGGGGUUAGCGCGGGGUUCACUGUUCUUUGCAGGAAUGUUAUGGACAUGAAAUUUUGGAUCUGGAUAUGGAUACGGAUGUAUGAAUAACAUUAUACCGGUUUCAAAUACGGUUACCGAUAUGAAAUUAUUUCGGAUUAUCCGAUAAUUUCGCAUACUUUUAGCUAUAGAUAUUCGAUUGUUAUGGUACUGUUAAAAAAUAAAAAUAAGUAAUGAUUUGAUUAUUUUUGGGCUAUCAUUUGGUACUACUAUCACAGACAAAAAAACAAUUAGCCUUAUAAUUUAGACUCCACCUCUAUUCAAAAUUUCGAAUCUUUUAUAUCAAUUACGGUUACGUUUUCGGAUAGAUUAUUAUUUCGGAUAUCCGAUAGCUUCAGUUUUCUGUUACCAAGCUCCAUAACAUCCCUAAUUUACAUAAAUUAUCUUUUAUAUCAUUUUACCGUUUCGAAU